AUGCAGCUCGAUGGUUUGCCCGAAAAGGUACAUGGCGGCGUUUGGCGACAAAACAGCGCUGCGGCCGCGAAGUGGCGGUGGACAUGCUCCCAUGUUGCCGACGCGGCGCCGGAGUGGCCGGCGCUGCUCGCCGCGACCACGACGGCUACUCCGAUGCUCCGGGCCGACCCGUCCUACCCGACGGACGAGGCGAGCUGGUCGACGCGGUCGUGGCUGUCGCUGCAGGCCCAGCGCAUGUCAGUCGCGCUGCAGCUCGCGGCGGCGGAAGAGAUUGCGACCGAGCUCAGGCUCGCCGCGGCGUCGGAGGACGCCGCCGUCGCCUAG